CACAAGCAUAAUAAAAAGUCUUUUGGCAAUUUUCUUAAUUUUUUUCAAACUCAUUUCUCUCGCGAGCAGCACAAAAAGUAUGGAAAUUAAAAAGAACAACAAUGAACAACAGAAACAACAGCAGCAGACAAUGAAAGACACAAAAAGAAUCAAACGAUGACGUCAUAGAUGCAACGGUCCUCAACUUCUUCAUCGGUUGAGUGCAAUUUGAGGAAUAAACAUUGGCAAAGCAUUGAAACAUUAAAGCAUUGAAGCAUUCAAUGUUGCGAUUUCAUUGAAAGUUUUAAGCUCACACAUAACAUUCGUCUUUCGUCUGUCGACCGGUACGUUUGCUAUUUUCUGGCACGCUUCGUGUUGUGUAGUACAUAUAUACAUACAUAUAAAGUAUAAGAAGUAAAAAGAAUUAAUAAAAGAAAAAAAAAUAAUAAUUUUAACGUUUUUCUGUGGAUGAAAAUUAAAAUUAAUUAAGAAUAGUUAGAAAAAAAUUAUCGAAAUUAUAAGUUAGUGGAUUUAACAGCCAUUAAGUGCUAAUGUGAAUGGAAUUAAUCAACAUAUUAAGUGAUUUGUGAGAUUUGAAAGAAAUUAUUAUUAUUGGAAUUAACCGUGUGCCGUUCUGGAUUAUUCACAAGCAGUCGGCUGAAGAAGAAUUAAAAAAUAAUAUAAAAUAAAUAAGUGAAAAUGAUGGCAAUGAAGCUUUUAGCGACCUUAGUGCUGCUCAUAUCGAUCGGCGAAAUUUAUUCGAAAACUCUACUCGAAAAAAUUCAGGAUGAUUCGGAUUUGUCACAGUUUGCUGAUUUAGUUGAACGAGAUCCAGGCAUCGUGUCGUUAUUUAAGUAUCGAAGUUUGACAAUAUUUGCACCAACAAAUCAAGCGUUUCAGCGUUAUCCUGAUCUUAAAGCUAAUGUGCUAUAUCAUAUACUUAAUACACCAAACAAAUUGGAGUCUUUAAAGGCAGAAAUGUUCACGGAUAUGGAGGGAAAUCCACCGAUUUACAUAACACGAAAACGUUCAGCAAAUGGUGAGGAGAUGUAUGUCAAUAAUGCUAUGAUUCUCAAAUCAAGAUCCAAUGUUGAGCUGAAAAAUGAGCAAGGAAAGAAACAGGUUCUUCACGUAAUCGAUGACAUUUUAGUUCCACUAACAACAAAUCAAGGUUCAAGUGAUAUCUACAAUCCAGACGCUCUUCAAUUCCUCACAAAUGCAAAUACUUUCAAUAUUGGAUCACAUCGUGUACGAAGCUUUUAUCAACGAGUCGUCAUUUCCAAAAAGGAACAACUUUAUUCCGCUGAUGGAUUCCACACAUUCUUUAUUCCUGUCGAAGAAGGAUUUAAGCCACCACCCCGUCCUGACUUAAUCGAUAAGAAAGUAAUUGAUGGCCAUGUGAUUCCCAAUCACGUUAUUUUCACAUCGUCAGCACCUUUAGAUCAGCCAUUUGAAACUGAAGCAUUUGAGGAUAAUUUGAAAGUUACGGCAACUUUCUUCACGCAAAAUGAUGGAAAAUCUUCGAAAACCUAUGUCAAAUCCAACACAGUCGUGGGAGACGCCAAACACACAGCCGGAGUAGUCUUAGCUGAAGUAGUUUUGGGUAACAUUCCAGUGAAAAAUGGAGUCGUUCACUUGAUUCAUCGUCCACUUAUGGUUGUUGACACAACAGUCGCUAAAUUCCUCGAGAUGAUGGAAAGAAGGCAUUACCAUUAUUCGAGUAAGGAAAGAGUAAACAAGGAAAAGGAAGAUGGUCCACUUUUCAAGUUCUACGAAGUAAUUAUGGACGUUGGUGGUGAAUUCAUGCAAGCAAUCAACUCAAUGAGAGAUGUGACAUUAUUCGCACCAAGCAAUGAAGCAUGGAAUCGUCCAGAAGUUAGAAAUAUCUUGGCCAACAAACAAAAAAUGCGAGAGAUCUUGAAUCUACAUCUUGUGAGUGAACGCUACAGUGCGGAAAAGAUACGCUCCAACAACAAUCAAAUUAUUCAAGUACCAACAAAUGUCGACAAGAAGUUCCUUUACUUUAACGUAAUGAAUCAAGGCGACGAGAAGACCAUAACGGUUGAGGGUAGCGGUGUUAAUGCAACAAUUAUUCAGUCUGAUAUUGCCGCUACAAAUGGCUUCGUUCACAUCAUCGACCACGUUCUUGGAGUUCCAUAUACAUCGGUCUUGGAGAAAUUACAGUCUGAUCCAAUGUUGAACGACACUCUCUGGCUUGGAACACGCAACCGAUUUAAUGAUCAAUUAAAUGCAACAUCAGCUCGCUACACAUACUUUGUGCCACGUGACAAGGCCUGGAGAAGCUUAGAGAACGAAUUUCCAUCAGUCUACAAAAAACUCUUCAUGCCCGACUUCUCUUAUCAUGCAAAUUCGAUUUUAGAACGACACUUGAUUGUUAGCGAUCGUAUCUUUACAAUGGGUGAUUUAAAAAAUAUGUCCAUCACAACUGACGCCCUUAUUUUAACUCCAGUUCGUGAUCAAUUGAAGAUUAGAGUUACCGAGCACGAUAAGCGAUAUUCGAUAACCUGGAACAACAAAAAGAUUAAUGUAUUCCGUUCGGAUGUGAUUUGUACCAACGGCAUUAUUCACGUGAUCGAUCGUCCAUUUAUCGAGGAGAGUGACAUCCGUGUUUCAUAUAGUACAGCAACAACAUUUAAUGUUUACCAACUGCCAUCACUCAUCACAUCAUUAGUUCUCUUUGCUUCAACAUACUUUUUGUAUUAAGAAUGAAUAGAUUUAUAAAAGACCGAUGAUGAAGAUGAUAUUGAUGAUAAUAGGUAACAUACAUAAUAACAAAAAAAAAAUAUGUCGAUAGUCAACAACUAAUGAAUAUGAAAAAUCUUCAAGUAUAAUAAUUACUAUGACGAUGAUGAUGAUGAUGAGAAUAGUGUAUGUAUGUGAAAUGUGUGCAGAAACAAACAAGAAAAACUCUAAAUUCGAUAGUUAGCGACUAAUUCAUUCAAAUUCUAUUUUAUAAUUUUUAAUUUUUGCUGAAAUAAUUUUUUUUAAAUAUAAUUUAAUUCCAUUUAAUUAAGCGUACGAUAAUAUUGAUAUAAACAGAUGGACGUAAUGAUACCAAACAAAAUAACUAUUCUGAAAUCAUAGAAUGAAUCAUACACAAAACACAAAAUGAAAAAUUAAUAGUAAUGGAAAACAUAUCGAAUGCAUAAAAUUUUAAUAAUUAUCAUGAUGAUGAUGUUCAUUUUAUGGUGAAUAUAUUGACUGCGAGUUAGGGAUGUGGGAUGUGAAAGUAGGAUUAUUAUAGUGAAAUCAAUGACAUAUUGUUGAACAUGAAUUUUAAUAACUUAAGUAGCUUCUUGAAUGCUAAUUAGCUACAGUAGCUCGUUGGAGUAUUGAUUUAAUACUUUGGUAGUCAAAUGUUGCGACAACCCACAAAACGGUCAUUGGUUCAAAACUUGGCAGUUGAGGAAUUCUUGCUUAACAGUUUUUCAUAUCAAAUCGACUGAAAAUGAAGCUACCAAGCUUGAUUUAUAGUCUAGAGACAAUAGUUUCAUCAAAAAAAAAAGAGUUAAUGAUGCUUUACAAUAAAAAAGAGGUUCUAAGCACUAUUAUUGCUUAUUGAAUGACCUCAUACUUCAUAAAAAUUUAACAAUCUCAGCCUAAACGUCACCUAAUGCCUAACCAAUCUCAAUAAUAUCCAAACAACUCUUUCGUUGCCUAUAGCAACUAAACCUCCAUGCAUCAAUCAAUACAACAACCACCGUUUAAUGAACUACAUCAUCAAAUAAUUAAUUAAUGUCAGUUUAUUCAAAAUGAAAAAUAAUGAAAAACAUAAAACUUCGCAACAAAACAAAAAAAACUUUCGACUUGAACAUGAAACAGAAAAAAAUAUCAUUUAAUUUUUCACAAUUCAAGCCAGCAUGUCACUGAGAACUUUUUUCAUAAAAUAUUCAUUUCUUUUUGUCAGUUCUCUCUGUUUGUAAAUGGAGAAAAAAAAUAUAUAAAAGAAUCUCGUGUUGAUGAUAUUAUAGGAAAUGCUAUUUGUGUUCAAAAUAAAUGAAUUUUCAAUCAUCAGUAAAAUAAAAUUUUCAUAUUUCCUUAAACAUAAAAAAAAAACAAGUUUAAUAAAGAGAAAAAGUUUUAGAAAUUGAAACUAGAUUUUUUUUUUCUAUAAUACACGUAUGGAUGAGGUUGGUUCUAUUAAAUGGGGAGGUUUGGUGAGAUUUUGUUUAAGAUUUUUGGGGUGUUUUGAGAUUAUUGGGUUAAAUUGUCAUCUGGGUUGGUCAUUGACUGUCUUAAAAGUUCAUCUUAGAGUCAAGUUGAAGUGAAGCUAGUUUCAAUCACUAGUUUAGAGUCAAGAUAACUUAGAAGCGUUGUUUUAAACAACAUUCUCAAUGACUUGGUCAUCUGGUCUUUUCUGACGGUCAGGACUUCAAUUUUGAACAUUUUGGUAGCAUUAUCUUUUAUAAAUUCAAAGAUUUGAGAAGUUUUAAACUUACAGAAACGUAAAAUCAUUACAAACUUGUUCUGAUGCCAACAAAAACCAUAAAAAUAAAUGUCACAAGACUAAUUUGAACCCUAAAGUUGAUGACAACUGACCCAUCAUGUCAUUCAAAUUAAAUAUCAAUAUAAAAGUAAAAACCAACAGUGCAUGAAAAUGUCAACAACUCAAAACAUUUCCAACAAAUUUUCCACAAAAACACACCAACAUUUUCUGCCAUUUGUAGAGCUAACCUCCUCCAGAACCAUACCACACACCUGUUGAAAUAAAAAGCUUUGUAUAGCAUGAAUGAAAAAUAAUUAAAUUUCAAUUAAAAAAACACACAGUAAAUGUAUUUUAUGAAUAAUAAUAAAAUAACAAAAAACUAUUUAACAACUGCCGACGAAAGACAAAAAAAAAUUGUAAUUAUUAAAUCAAAUUAUGAAUAAAUGAAUAGAAAAAAGAAUUCAACUUUGCAUUCAAUCCACACAGACAUAGUGAGUUUAAAGAAAAAUGGAGAUAAAUAUUUUUUAAAUAAAAACAAGUUAAAAAUGAUAAAUAAAUCAAAAAAAAAUGUCCAUUCUUAUUUCGGAUAGGAAAACAAAAAAUGAAUAAAAUUAAGAAUAAAUUUGUUUUGUUGAUGAUGAAAUAAUGAAGAUAAUAUUAAGUUGGGAGGAACAGGACAGGGCUGUUGGAAGUGAAUUUGAAAAGGAUUAAAUGAGAAAAAAAUUAAAACUUUCAAAAAAUCUGAAAAAUUGAUUUUUAUUUUCUUUAAAAUUGACUUUCAACAUCCAACUAAGCACCUGUCUGAUCUUACUAGCCUACAUAAAAAAUAUUUCAAUGGUGAUUUAAUUUAAUUGAAUUAAAUGCGAGCAACAUCACAUCCCAAAGAUCAUAUGUAUGAAUUUCAAAGUCUAUAAUAACAUUUAUACAUAUUAAAAUAUUUAUGAAUCUCUUUAUAACUUUAUUCCUUAUUCCCUUUUUAUUUUUUUAUACACAAUAGGAAGUUGCAAAUUUCCUCAUGACUCUCUUUUCCUUUUAAAUUAAAUGUAUUUUGUUUGUGAAAAAAUAUGAAGAAAAUGUACGAAUAUUAUUUUUUUGUUUAUAUAAGAUUAGUGCUUGGAGAUAGAAAUUGGAUUUUUGUAGAUAUUUGUAAGAUCAAAAAUCAACAAGAAUCCAAGCGAAUAAGUGAAAUAGUCACAGAACAUUAAGUAAUACAAUAGCAUUAAUCUACUCAUUCAAUCAAGGAUAAACAAAAUAAAAUAAAAAAAAAAUUCACACACCGAAAAAAAAAUUUAUAACGAAAAAGUUCUUCAUUCGCUUUGGCAAAAUUAACUGAAAUUUAAUGCACGAGCGUCAUCGCAAAAAAAAUGAUAAAAGCUUUCGUAAAGCUUCUAAUUGUUCGUACAGUGACUGUAAUGAAUUUUAGUUGGUAAGACAGUAAUUAAUAAUAAGACAUUAAAAAUAUUAUGUAUUAAAGCAAAAAAAAAGUAAGAAAAAAAUGGAAAGAAGUAAAUGAAACCAAUUUAGAUAAGAUGAUGAUGAUGAUGAAAGAUAAUUUAUCGUAAAGCAUGUGGUGAAGAUGAAUAAAGGGAAUGGAUCGUGAAUGAUGUCUAUUAUGAAAUGAGAUUUUUCAGAACCUCUAGCUACCCUCAGAGGCUGCUUGGCACUCGAGGGAGAUACAUUCUGUGUAAAACCUAGGAUUAUUUCAGAGUGUAUUUACAAGUGUCCUAAUUCAUACCGUUAGAGAGAAGAGUGUCAAACUAGAGUGACUAAGAGUGGACUAAGUUUUCAAAAAAAUUAACUUUUUAACUAUGAAUUGUCUCAUAACUCCAGAAACACAAUCCUCAAAAACUAGACGUCAUUUACAAACCACACCCAAACAGUAACACUAAGAAAAUAAUUGUAUCGAGGAUGGAAUUUAUGAGCUUUUUCACGAAAAAAAAAUAAGAGAAAAAAAAACUUUUUAAUUACUUUAUUUCCUCUUUGAAAUAAAAACUUCUGUUGUUGUUGGUUGGAAAAUUAGCAACUUUUUUUUCCUCUUCAAGCCUCAAAUUAGAAAAUUAGGAAUUAAAAUUUAAAAACAAUUUUCUUUUCCACAUGCCGCUUUUUAUGACUUUUUAAUUAUUCUUUUCUGUAUCGCUUUUCAAUCUUAUUUUCCCUUCUUAAAUAAAGUAAAUGGGGUAAUAAAAUUAAUUUACAAUGAAAGUUUUUUGGAAGUCUUACUGAAUAUGCUGAGAGAUUUCUGUAUUGGCAGUGGCUUUGAAAUUUAUAUGGGUUGUUUGGUGGCUUUUUGAACUUGGAAUUGUUAAGAGUUGGGAUGGAAUUUGAAAAUUGUCAAUGUGAGCCACAUUUUUCCUUCUAUUUCAGAUAAUAGCUUUUGUUUAUAAAAUCAAAGGUUCGAUUCCUAUCUUAACAUAAUUUUGAAUAUAUAAAUUCAAGAACAGGAGAUCUUCGAAUUGAAAGCUGUUUUGUUUUCUUAAACGAGCUUAUUUUCUUAAAUUCUAAAUCUUAAUUGUCUUUACUCUUAAUGAAGUCUAAUAUAUAACAAUUGAGGUUCCUAUGUGGUUUUGAUAAGAUUCUAUUUAAGAUUAAACCUACAAAAAAUCAAAAUCUUCGAAAUUUCACAUGAAAUCUUCAAAUUAUGUUCAACUUUUAUCUCCUCUUUGCUCAAUUCUCAUGAUCCUCUUUACUAAGUACUUCUAUAAAUUUCUGAGAAUGUUUACUGACUUAAAUCUGAAAAAUGUCUCAAAAGACUGUCAUCACAUUGAAGAAAUUGAAGUCAUUAAACUCACAAAUUGAGUUCAAAUGAAUUUCUUCUUUAAUCUCGGAGAUUUUCAAAGAAGGAACAAACAUUUCUAUUAGAUUUUGGAGGGACUUAUCUAUUAGACUUCCAUUAGUGGACAUCAAAUCAAUUCCAGGUGGGUUUAUUUUGAUUGUGAGAGGUAAAGAGUUUUAAAUGAUGAAGGAUGAGAGUUCAGAUCUCAAAAAUCUUCGAAUUUAGGAGGAAUCAAACUCACGACUUUACAAAGAAUUCAAAUUUUAAGAUUCAUCUAAAUAUGGUUCAUAUUUCAUAGACAACAAUUAGUCAAUGUGAAGUAAAGAUUUUAAGUUAUCCUUAGUAAUCCUCACAUCUAGAAUUAUCCAUAUUUAUAAAAUCAUUGAUGCUAAUCUAAAAUCAAUAAACAAUAUUUACUUUAUGAGCUACAUCACUUCUACAUGGCUCCAAUUAUCCUUUCUAAACAUUCAUUAAUUUGAAGAUGUCGAGAAAAAUAUUAAUGAAGAUGAAAAAAAUUGCUGUCAAGCGAUAACCAUUGCCUUCUUUUUAAACAAUUUCUAAAGCUUCUGAGUUAUUCAAUAGGGACAAAGCAUAAAUCAGAUGAUUUGACGUUCUGUCACGUCUGAUAAUUCUGAGAAUUUAAGACCUUUAUGGUUUCAAUAAGAAAAGGUUUACGACAUUUCUCGCUAGACACCAAGCAAAUAGCUUUCAGUAAGACUCAACAAAUUUUCAUAGUAAGCAAAAGUCCUUGCUUUUGUUAAAGGGAUGAAUCAACAUGGACAAAAAAGUGAAAGAAGUGAACAUGAAAAAUGAGAAAAUGAACAACAUAUAAAUAUAUUUUAAUACCUUAAAUUAAGAUGACAUUAAGAACACUUAUUGCCUUUUUCAAAAUGACAAAAAAAAUAAGUAAAAAAUUAGGAAAUUUAAAAAUUUAUGAAAGUCAAAAAAUGUGCGUAAAAUGUUAUUUAAAAUAGUAAAUUAAAUUAAGUAAAAAAAUAAAAAAUUUGUCCUGAUUCCGGUGCGAUGAACGAAUGUGUUUUUGUAAUGAAAAGUUUUAUAAGACCAUUGGACAUAAUAAAAAUUUAAAAUUUCAUCAUUUUUUUCUGCGAAGGGUAUAAAAAAUUGUUUAAUUUUGUUCAUAAAAGAAAAAGUUGAAACUCAUCAUCAAAAUAAUAAAAAAAAUGAUAUUUAAGGAAGUUAAGCAUCCACAAUUUGUAUUGAAAAGUAUUAUAGACAAAGAAAAAUCAAUAAUUAAAAAGAAAUGUAAAGAAAAAAUAAUAAAAAUAAUUCUACUGUACGAUUGAACAAAGAAAUUAUGUAAUUCAUGAGGAAAAUUUAAACUACGCAUAAAUCAUGCACGAAUGAGCUUAAAGAAAUCUGCAACGUACCGAAAAUGAAAAACUUAUUAAAAAAUUAUUAAAACCUUAAACAAUAACUUAAUUAAUGAGGAUAUUUUUUAUUCAAUUUUCAUUUUGUUUAUGGAAAAAUUGUAUGUUGGAAACAAAAAAUAAUAAGCGAGUCAAGUCACAAUGUUUAAGCUAACGAUUUUCAGGUGAGAUUUGGGGCUUAUUAUGAUGGUAAUUGGUAUGAUUUUAAGGAUAAGUUUUUGAUUCAUAAUUAUACUUAAGGCUCUUAAGUUAAAGGUUCCCUAAGGCUCUAAUAGGGUCAAUUAUGACUUCUAGAGUGUCAUUGUGGCUUUUAGAAGCUAAGUAAUGUCACUAACUUUUCCUGAGGAUCAUUAUGACUCACAGGAGACCAUCAUUACUCCAAUAUGGUUACUAUGGCUCUAAGGGAGUUGCUAUGGAACAAUUAGAGUAGCUUUGGCUCAAAAAUGAUCAAUUUGGUUCUUGUGUUGUCAUUAAAAUAUCAAAUAUGCAGUAUUGGAACCAAUAUAGUCGAAAUGUCCUACACUUAUCUAAUUUAACUCUUUAAAAAGUUAAAGUUUCAACAAAUCCAACCCAAUGUCUCCAACAAACCCUUCCAUCUCACCAAAAAAAUCACUUUUCUAAUAUUAUACAGCUUUUGAAAGAAUGUAGUCAGAAAAGUAAGGCAGUUAUUGAAAAAAAAAAUAUCUUAUUUGUUUUUGUGAACAAUAAGUUUUAUAUCUAAUAUAUGACAUUUAAUUUAUCAUCUUAUAUUGCAGUCCAAUUUUUAAAAAUGAUGAAAAAACUUAUAAAAGGAAAAAAAGGAUUCUUUUGUUCAAUAUUAUAUGCUUUUUAUGUAAAACAGAAUGAUUUAAUAAAAAUAAAGACGAAAAAUGAUGAAGAAAUAA